AUGAAAAAGACCCAAAGGGCAAAGAAGGAGAGUCAAGAAACAACGAAGAGCCAUGGAGCCAAAGAGGCCGUGAGCCCACCGAUUGGGGGUGGGGACACUAGCCCCUACGGGCUCCCAGGGUUCUGUGAUGCCUCCGCGCUCUCUAGCCAUGGCAUCGGCGAGAGUCGCGACGUCAAGGUUGCGAUCACCGAGGGCCACCAUGGCAUCGGCGAGAACGGCGAGAUUGGAGACACCAAGGUUGCGGUCACCGAGGGCGGCCAUGGCAUCAGCGAGAGAGUUGCGAUCACCGACGGCAGCCAUGGCCUCGGCGAGAGCGGCGAGAUUGGAGACACCAAGGUUGCAGUCACCGAGGGCAGCCAUGGCAUCGGCGAGAGAGGCGAGAGUGACGACACCAAGGUUGUGGUCACCGAGGACAUCCAACCAUGGGAUUGGAUUCAGACUCCAAUUGGACGGAUGCAAUGGGGCCACUUCUGUCGUGGAGGAGGGGGCAAUGGCGAGCUUUUGGCAGGUUUGCAGGAGCUCUUGGCGAAGGCGAAAAAGAAUGACCUGGGCGACAAAGGAGCCAAGUUUGUUGCUACUUCACCUACUUUGUCUUCGGCAUCUUCGGCGACUGUCACCGGUGCUGCCAAAGGCAAGGGCCAGGGCAAUGUCAUCAAGAACGACGCGGAGCUCCUUGGUGCCUUGGAAGGGGUCGUGAAAGCGGCCAAGAAGGACCCGGGUGUUUUGCUAGAUGCUUUGCAGGGCUUGAUUAAGCGAGCGAUGGCAGGCUAUGGCCAAGGUCUCAUUGGCUUUGGCAUGGCAAAGAAAAGGCUUUCGGAUGGUGACAAACUGAAUGCUCAUCUCAUUGUCGCCUGUGAACAGUCAGAACUGGACGCACUUCUGUCGUUGGCUCGCGCUCAUGCUCUGCAAGACAAGAUUUCAGUAGUCUGUAGGUUCAACCCGGAACAGGAAGCGGCAGCACUGCAGCUCCCAUCGAGUGGACCAAAGGGCCAGCGACAGGUCCGCUCAUGGCCCGCCAUGCCUCUUGGUUCCAGUGGAGGGCCAGACAUGAAACAUAGAGCUGUGCUGCGAUCUGCUUUCAAAGCUCCAGACAGGAAGCUCGUGACACUUCGCCUCCAAGUCCCGAAAGUGUUCCAAGAGCCCACCACUUGGACAGCAUUCUGCAAGCAGCCGAACGAUCGGGCCCGUCAUGCUUUGGGGCCUAUCCACAGUUUCGGGCCUUGGCAGAAAUUGCAGGCUGGUGAAAAACACAGCCGUGAGGAGGUUCUGGAAUGCUACGUUAAAGUGGCUGAGGUGGACAAGGCGGCCGUUUUGUCCAGAUCAGGCGUUGAGGGUGUCUUCGCGGCCGAGCUCGCUAAAGACGCGCAGAAGCCAGUCGUCGAUUGGCUCUCUGCAGGAGAAACCGAGCGGCCGGCAUACCUGAUGCUGGCCAGGCGGAAAGCCCAGGAGACCAAGAGCUCCCUUGCUUUUCGCAGAGGCGGUGGAGCAUCGCUGGGAGUCAAGGUCUCUGCUGAAGCAGCUGGAGAUCGCACGUGCGCCUGGAGAGCGAGGCAGGUCCCACACGACUGGUCGGCUGAGGACCUGCAGGGUGCUUUGGCUGACGUAGGCUUUGCCGAGUUUGAAGUACUGUCACCUGGUCGGGGGCGUCUUCCGUGGCUAGUGCGUGCCCGCUUCAAACAAGAUGGAGGGCAACCUUCUUUGGCCAUUCAGGUGGGCAAGGUUACCAUCGACAUGGAGCGGGCCAUCACAAAGCGCAAGCUAGUGCCCAGUCACCGGGCCAAGGAGGUAGCGCAACUGCAGCUGGACAGGGCAAAGCAACGGCCAAAGGCAGCCAAGCGGAGGGCACCGACACUGACAAUGGACGUGGACGACAAGUUAGUGCUGGUGCCUGAGCCCAAGAAUGCUCUCGAUCCGCCCCUGGUCGAGACGACGAAUGGUGCGACAUUUACGAAUGUGGGGGGGCAGGGAGGUGCUUCUUCAACUCGGUGGGCGUGUGCUUUGCAGUUCAUCGUGUUCGGUUCUCAUGGCCGGAUGCGUGUAAAACUGGCCAAGGCGAGAGGAGCAACGUUGAGAGCUGCGAACGCGAGCUACGUCCGUGACAAGGCUUCAGACUUCAAGUUGUUUUGGCUUCCUGCCCCAACGCCCGCAGACGAGACCGAGCGCGUAAAUCUGGAGCUGAUUGAGGGCGGGACGCCGCCACAGUCAUGGGAAGAAUACUUAGACGCUUUGGACAGGCCGACGAGAUGGGCUGACGACUUGACUUUUCGUGCCGCGACGAAGAGAUUGAACUGCCGCAUAAUCCUGGUUGUGGGCGAUGUCAAGAAGCCCACGCAAAUCAUUGCAUACGGCAAGGCAAUCCAGUUCAAGGAUGGCAGGCAGCAAGUGGUGAUCCCGCUCCUCUACAAAGACAAGCACUGCCAGCUCAUCGCCCCAAAGAAUGGCAAGUCACUGCCGGCCGAGUGGACCGAGCUGGAGACUGGUGGGCAAGCUCACACGUUGCCGAGAGGGCUGCGGUGGCAUCUCUUGCUUCGACUCCGGGAGACAGAGAUGAUCGCCAGUGGCUGCCUUCUCGAGCUACCUCGUUGUGCGCGGGCUCUGUCGCCUCACACGCCAAGGCGGGUGCAUGGUACUGUGAGGAGUGCAAGGAACACGUGCGGCCUAGUGCUCAUUGCAAAGAUUACGGGCAUGGUCUUUCGGAAGCACGCGCUGCACAUAUUGCUCGUCGACAUCCUGAUCGCCCUACUUCUGACUUCCCUCGAAUUCGGGAAGUGGCCACGGUUGACCGUUGCAGUCGACAAGUGCUUCGUUGUGAGGGUGAUCGGGCUCAGGGGCGUCGACUGCUCAAACGCAUUUGGAGCCUUUCUGACAAGGAGGGCGUCGAGCCAAGCCCUGGACCGUUCGUGUCCUACGUGGAGCUGCUUUCACUUGAACACGGGUGGGUGCGCCAACGCUUUCGAGACCCUUGAGCUCUUCCAGACCUUCAAGACUCAACCCUCGGUGUGGUCCCUGGCCGAGAUCCGCGCGAGCCCGUCUGAGCAAACGGCUCUCACUAAGCGGGCCAACCGCAUGGGCUACAGAGUGUGGUGUGUGCCUUCCACUCAAGGAGCUCGUCAACAGGGCCCCACCAAUUGGAAAGGUGGUCUCCUCGUGGGCGUCAAGGAGGGUGUCUGCUGCAAACAGAUGGCUACCUGGUGUUGCGAAGAGGGUGACCUGCUGCAGCUGGACUUCGGUUACUUUCGCUAUGUGGCGGCGUGGCGACGACCUGGUGGCCUUCGCGACGCCUUUGACGCCGAAGUCACUCUGUGGGCCAGCCAUGCCGUUGCGACUGGCCACUCCUUUGAACAGGGUCGCUACCUGGCCUCUCGAUGGAAAGGUCCGCGAGCCAUUGAUUGGGCCAUGAACAACGACCCCCAGGCCACCUUCAAAGCCGAGUUCCUGGAGCCACGCAUCAGUGACCAUAAGUGCUUGUGGAUUGAGGGCAGCUUUGGCUUUGAGCGUGUUGGGCAGUUUUCUUUGCGUCGUACCAGAGAUCUUUCACGUCCCGAACAUGUUCCUCUCACCACAUGGCGGGAGGCCGUCGCCGCUUACUUCCACGACCUUGAGGUGGUGUGGGGCGACGAUGUUGACGUUCAGUGGGCUCAGCUCGCCGCGCAGCUUGAGCUUUCGCUUGAGGCUGCAAGCCAAAUGUUUGCUGAGACUACUUCGGCUCGGCCCUUGAGUCGUGGAAAGCAUCGCCCCAAAGGUUCUGUUGCAACGUUAGCCGCUGCUAGUGGCGAUCCCGCUUGCAAAGGCCACAACACGAAUGAGGGAGCUCAACUUCGCAAGCUCUCAACUUGCUUGGGCAGGCUCCACGAGGCCAAGCGCCUACAACAGCAUCCGGUUGCUGAUGGUGCUGAGGUCAUGGCUAAGCUUCGUGCUACGUGGCCUUCGGAUUUGAGUGCCAGCAACAUCGAUGCGGCGAUCCUUGAGUGCGAGGCCAACAUCCUGAAGCUUCGUCAGCAGCGCCGCGAUUUCGGCCUCACUUCCUGGAGGGCCAAGAUGGCUCAAGGCCGGCGCGAGGCUACCCGGUGGCUCAGAAACAAGGCGGGGCUCCUUGCACCGGCUUUGCAGUCCACAGUGCGUGGGGUGACUACUACGUCUUCCUCGACCCCUGGUUCGCUUGAGUUAAUUGUGGCCUUUUGGCGCAAGGUCUGGCAGCGACAGCUCCCUGAUGACCUUCACGAGCAGCUGGGCCAGAUGUGGGCUGAGCAUCCGCCUCCUCAGGCUGCGUGGCCUGGCGAUCAGGGCCCCUUGCAAGCGCACGAGAUGAUGCAGCGAGCCAGGAGCCACUCAAAGAGCUCUGCUGGGCCGGACGGCAUUUCUGCUGAGAACCUUGCGGACAUGCCUGAGCAGUGGUGGGCUAUGUUAGCACAAUUGCUUCAGAGUUGGACUGCACAGAACAAGUUUCCGAUAUCUUGGCGCGGGGCUCGCAUGGUUCUCAUCCCAAAGGACGAGGUGACCGGCGCGGCUGCUGAGGUAUGCCCGCCUUACUUCCAGGGCGGCGUCGUUGGACGCAAUGCUUGGCAGGCCCUCAGACACAUCGAGGCCUCGUGGGAUGAAGAGGCCAUUUUGGUCUCUUUUGACUUCGAAAAAUGUUUCGACAACGUUGUGCCGGCACUUGCUUUGGAUAACCUGCGCAGACAUGGCUGUCCAGAGAACUUCCUACGCGUAGUGGCCUGGACCUGGUUGGAACAGCGGCGAUGGAUCCAAUAUGGCAGCUUUGUCCAUCCAGAGCCCCAACGUGUGACGUCAUCAUUGCCACAAGGUUGCCCUGCCUCGUCUGCAGUGACGAAGUCUGCUGACGACACCGCUAGAGUCAUCAACUUCUGGGCUUCUGCUGCCCGGGCUUUUGGCCUGCAGGAGAACCGCGACAAGCUCAAAGUGGUGAGUGGCCCCCGGCUCGACAGGACGAUGAUACUUCCACAACUCCUGUGGAGUUUUUGGUGGAGCCCUCACUCCUCCAACGAGGUGCAGGACUUCCACAAGCUCACGACCCUCGUGAAGCGAGCCUUGGAUAUUGUGCAACAGGGAUCCAGGGAUCUUUGGCUGCUCUUGGCUGGCCAUUGGAUGGACGUGGGUUUUGCUUUGAGAAUGGCAUCGGCGUCGGCUUUCUUCAAGGCGGAUGCUUUUUGGCGAGGUCAUGGCCGUCGGCUCGUCACAGGACGUUGGGGGUUGGCGGUUGCGUCGUUUUUGCAGCACUUUGACUUCAUUAGGACUGGGGCUCACACCUGGCAGCAUGCGGUGGUCGGCGACUUCGAUCUAUCGGGAGGGGACAUGGCCAAUCGUAGCAAGGCGCUGCACCUGCUUCGAGAGGCUGGGCGUCGACAACGCCAUGCGUCCUUUCUGCAAGGGAGGCGACGCGAGCUUGCAGACCUCGUCCCCGACGACGCUGGCUACGACGAAAACGUGCUCAAGGCGGCCAUCAAGCUUUACAACGGCGCCUCCAAUGAGGAGUGCCGCGUCAUGCUGGGUGGCUGUAUCAGUGAGCGAAACUGGAGCAACACCAAGCAGCAUGCCACCAGUUGGGGACUCCUGCGUGACCACAUACGCUGCACUGUAAGACCCCAGAUGCGCCCAUCGAGCUUUGUGGCUGUGAUCCGGCUUUGCUUCUGCAGGCUUCCAGAGACUGCAAAGGGAGGCAAUGCCUACAUCUGCGGCGUCAUCGAGGUGGUGGACAUCAUCUUCGUUGCCAUACUCUUCCUUCUGCUGGUCUAUGCCCUCUACAUCGUGUGGUCCCAGGUUCAGGACUUUACCCUGGGAGGUAGCACGAAGUUUUCGGACUUGGAGGAGAGCUAUGGCAGCAUGGAGGCCAAGAAGCUUCUAGAGGCUUCACACAACAUCCUCAGCUCUCACAGCGACGAGGGCCUCGGAGCUGUCUUCAGCGACUUGCAGGGAGGCGGUGGUGGCCGCGGCACGACCUCCUCCGGCUUCGGCGACGGCACCAAGAUCUUUGGCUACAAGCACGAGCUUCAGUUCCCGCCUCCUAAGUGA